ACUCGCGUGGGAUGUCAAUCCUCACAGCUUAAGUUCGCUUCCGCGUCCCCCCCUAGUAAACAGAGCAAGGCCUUCUGCGGUGAAUUAGAACUCCUUCCCACGCGAUAGCUGCUCAGGACCUGACAGACUUCUUGGCCGUCCGCAUUCCGCUCUGACAAGCGCAGAAGUACCCCUCACUAUCACGGUGAGGCGGCGGGGCGACUCGGUCGAGCCCAUUGUGUUGCGGCAGAGCCGCGUUCCGCGAAAACACAAGCGGCAGUGUUCUACGCAGAUGUCGCCCUUUGAACUGGGGCAACCAUGGCGCAAGCUCUUGUACGUCAAGCAGGGGUUUCCUGAUAACUAUGUCGACAAGACGUUCUUGGAUGCUCUGCAGAAGAAUGUGAACGUGCGCGCCCACAAGUACUGGCCCACCGUCCUCCGCACCUGCGCUGUCUCGCAGCACAUCAGCGGGAUAACAGCCUUCAUCGCCGUCUUAGUGCAUCGCUACUCCGGUGUCCUCGCGCCGGACCGGCUAAUGAUGUGGGAUGCAGUGGGACGCCCUCGCCGCUUCGGACAGGUGGCGAGGCGAAUCGGUUCAGCGCGGUGGUCGGCCGCACCCCGGAUCCUUUCGGGUCCUGGUCAUGCAGGCGGUGUCAUUCUCGUUUGGUAUCAGCGGCGAGUGUGCACUCUGGAACGGAUGUUGUGUAUGGCGGGCAGGGGCCGGUCAUCGACCCUGCUGCACACGAAGGGGUGGGAACAGGGUGUGGCUGCACCAACGUUUUGGGUAGAAACGUAUCGGGACCAGUGAACGCAAAAGCCAACGACCGGGUGCCGUCAAUGUGCGUACAUACAUAGUAGUUACUUCGCGAGGAAGGUGGGUUACCUCGCGAGGAUUCUAACC